AUGAACUUCACUUUCACCGUUCCUGAGGGUUCCAUGAACCAUGGUAAUCCAAACUUGCUGUGCACGCCCGCGGAAUGGUACGACCUUAUCAUCUUCUUUUUCGCCAACUACUUCGCCCAUGCCGCCUCUGUCAUCCUUGAGCCGGGCCAGGGCUCUGCAUCUACCGGCCUAUAUAUCCUACUCGCCCUCACUCUUCCUGGUGCUGGGGUUUCCCGUGCAAUUCGUGCAAUUUUACGCCAUGCUGUAACGGAAAGGAAGAAUCCCUUGAAGCGUGCCGCUCGGGCCGGCGCGCUUUGCAUGGUGUUGAAGAAACCAGAAGAUGGGCGCUACGCGCGGUUGUUGCGUCGCCAGAUGCAGGGAGGAGAGCGCCCAGUGGAGAUUGAAAUCGGUCAGACUGAAGAGAAGACGACUGAGACUGAGACUGAGACUGAGACUGAACAGUUAGCCACAACAACUGCCAAUCAGGAACUAGAUGAGGUCUCUGCUGUUGCCAAUGUGGACGAGGAGCGAAAGGAAGCGCAGGGCAGUUCAAAGUCUAGAGUCUUCUCUACCCCAUCGUCAGACUCUCCUUGGUGGGACCCCCCAGGUGGCUACACACCAGUUCCGCUAGCUACUGAUAUCCACGGGGAACAUUGGCUUUGCGAUAACUCGACAUAUUAUCUCGCCAUGGUGCCACCUAUAGCUUCCAUGAAACUCGAUUUCGACGCUAAAAAAGACGGUGUUGUUAAACAAAGACCAAGCAAUCAACAAACACCAAGCAAUCAACAAACACCAAGCAAUCUACCAAAUGCUGUCAUUGCGUCAUCCUAUAAUCUCCCUAAGCUGUUCAUCGGUUUUAUUCAAGCUAUAUGGGCAGUCAUCACGAUCUACCGCACUCGAGGGGACCAGAUCUAG